AUGCAAUACAUCCGAGCCUGGGAGAUAGAAGAUCGCCGGCGGCGGCGAGAGAUUGCAGACCUGGAGUCGAUGCGAGUUAAGUACCAGAAGGACGCGGAGACGGAAGAGAGUCAGCUGGAGGGACAGCGAGAGCAGCUUCUCAGAAGCCAGGCAAAGCGAAAGCGCUAUGAGGGCUACGAGCAGCUGGCGGGCAAGGUGAAUUCCAAGCGGCCGCAGCAUGAAUCCAAGGCAGAGAUCCAGAGGGUAAGCAACGAGCUGCAGCAGAUGCAGCAACACCAGAAGCACCUGGCAGAGCUCUCGCAGCAGCGUGAUGAGCGCAGCCGGCAGCUCAUGAAGGCCAUUGAGGAGCUCGACAAGGACCUGGCAGCAGAGCAGGAGUUCCGAGAAGCGACGUUUCCAGACGAGGCUGAGGCCAUAGACACGGGCAUCGUUUGCGACCCGCCUGCUGAGCUCGUGGAGGUUGUCUCCUGA